AUGGUUCAACUUUCAUCCGUCGCCCUCCUGCUCAGCUUCAUAGCGAGCCACCUCGUCUCGAUUCAAGCUCAGUCUCUGCCCAAACAACUCGCCGUAGUCCGUCGCCGCUCCGGUCUCACACAUAAAGAGUACUUGUACUACCAUACGCUGGUUCACGGCCAAAAGUCCUGGAACGCGCCGCGAGACGACGCCUUCCCCGCGGCCUAUGUGCAAAGCCACGUCUUUGACGGAGUCUUUGGUUCGAAUAACACCGUGGGGAACCAAGUCUACGUCGGACGCGAUGACAUUGCAGAGCUUUACAGCAGCUCCCCGACGUCUUUCACCGGCCCGCCGCCCACGAAUUAUACUCCGACGGUGAUCGGCCCUGAUGGGGCCAACUUCAAUGACUUUCCAGUUGCCAUGUCAAUGAUUGCGACGGAGAGUUUCUUGGCCAACUUGCCCAUGGGCCCCCCCAAGCCUCCGGCGAAGCUCGGCAAUGAGCCUCCGGUCGCCUUCUUUUGGGCGAUGGCUAGAAAGGACGCUACUUCGAACGAGACAUUUGCGAGAAAUCUGGCCGAGGCGCUCAUCAAGCCUAUGCCUGCUGGGAUGGUCAUCAACGCCAGCAUACACGUACCGAUCCCGGGCGCCGAUGUCAGGCCCUACUUUGGUGGCGAGAGCAUGCCAAUCCUUAACACUGUCAUCAAAUUGUGGCUUAGUGAUGGUGACCAGGCCAUCACACAGCUUCGGGCUUCGCAGACCAAAUUGGAUAAUGCGGCGCUCCAUUUGGACGAGAAUCUAUCUUACAUGCUUUUGACCAAACAGGUAACGAUCUGGGAUACGAGAGCUGGCAUCAACUUUGACAUCCCGCGCCUCGAAGCCGUGUUGAAGGCUGAGAACUAUUGA